CUAAUCGUGCAAACAAGUUGCAUUAUUGUUAACAAUAAGUCGUGUCUGUGUUAUCUGGGUUGCUAUAGAAGGAUCAUAUAAUCUUAUCGAAUUGGAGGAUGUAUCUAUCACUUAAUGAACAUUAUAUAAAGGCCUGCAGUGAGUGCUAAUUGACAUUUGUUACAUAUAGUAAUAAUAGCUAUCAUUGUAUACAAUGUUUGAGAUUAUAAACUCUGUGUAUGCAUCAUUAAGAACAAUAAAAAUGGCACAAGGUGGUCCAGGACGAAGUGGCGAGAUCGAUGAUAAACGCUUUAUGGAAGAAGCGCAUGAGGCUAAAAAACCAAGUAACGAUAAUAAGUGUCAAGUUGGCGCAUGUAUAGUAAACGAUGAAAAAGAGAUCGUAGGCACUGGAUACAAUGCAAUGCCUGGUUAUCUGGACACCGAAUUUCCUUUCGUAAAGAAUAAAUAUGAUCCCUUAGAAUGCAAGUUAACAUACGUAUGUCAUGCAGAACUUAAUGCCAUUGUGAACAAAAAGUGUGACAGUAUUAAAAACUCCACCAUUUAUGUUACUCGUCAUCCAUGUAAUGAAUGUGCUAAAUUAAUAGUACAAUCUGGAAUAAAAUGUGUGGUAUAUGACGAAAACCCACGUAAAGGGAAGUACGACGUUGUGGCUGCAAAGAGAAUAUUUGACACAACAGGUGUUACUCUAAGGGGUUCCUGAUAGCCAUGACGCUAUAAUGUCGGUAUGCAAAGUGUCACCGGUGCUUCGGGGUCUGUAACACCCCAAAAUGAUAUUACGUCGGUGUUCCGAGAGCGGACGCUUCGGGGUCUCUGAUACCCCACGAUGAUAUCAGAUCGCUAUCCAGAGGGCGUCGUUGGCGCAGCGGGUGUGGCGGCCGGCGUCGAAGUUGAUAAAGAAGAAAAUGUUCAUUCAGGAGAAAUUCUCAACGUCGCUUUUACCAAACAUUUUUGUUAAUCAUUUAUUUUCAUGAAUAAAAUUCAAAUAGCUUUUCUGUACAUUCAUUCCUUCAUCAUUCAUCAAACUAUCAAGUCAUGUUAACCUUUUCUAAAUUUCUAUUUCAAUAAAUCAUUAUAAUUUAUA